AUGAGCUCCAACGCUCAACUGCCCAGGCAGCGGUAUAUCCAGUCUAUGGAUGACUACUGGAGACUGGAGAUGGAGGCACUGAUGCUUCCGAACAGCGGUGGAGUUACUGCCUCCGAUAUUCCCACUACCAAUGAGGAACGGUUCAGGUUGGUCGACCAAAUGGUCGCAGCCUUCCGGAACACAGAAAACAUCUGCGAUUCUAGGGCCGACACCCACGGCCACAUUAGGUUUGUCGAGGAAGAACUUACCGACAAGAGCGCAGAGCGUAUGGCGUGGAAACUCUUGUUACAUCUGGUCAACUCUUCUAACGCUAGCACUCUGCAGGCCGAGACGCAGGCAUGCGAGGGCAGCGAAGGCGAUUUUCUAAGCAUCCCUGAGACCAGAAUCGCUAGGGCGAAGUUCAAAGACUUCACCACCAGAUGGAGGGUCGUAGUUGCUGUCUUCGCGUGCUGCAAGGCAGCCGUUUUCAACCUGUUUCAGCCCUCCAUCGUAGAGAGGUUUGUCAACAACCCGAUUACCGAAUUGGAUAUCAAAGCGCAUAACGCGAAGAUCGCUGCCGCGGUCAAGGAGCAUGGCUCCGCAGCAUUUGAUCGUAAGACCGGCGUGCUGAGGGACAGCGAUGGCACUGUCCUUGACGUUUUACCCCGUCCACAGAAGCGCAGAUUGGCAGACGUCUUGCCGCCGGACCUCAUCCCACAUGCGAAGGUGAAGCGCGUUAGGCGCUCCCGUCGACAGGCCCAGGCACCGGCCAACAACCAGGACAACGCCCACAACGAUCCCAACGGCGACAAUGAUUCCAGCGGUGACAAUGAUUCCAGCGGUGACAACAAUCCCAGCGGUGCCAACGAACAUCAAUCGGACAACGCGAGCCAACUUGACGACGACUACGAUUCGGACAACGCGAGCCAACUUGACGACGACUACGAUUCGGACAACGAUUACGACCAAUCUGAUUGCGAGCAUGACGGCGAGGGUGAUGCUCAAAGCGGCAACCGACUUGAAGAGCAAGCCGCGACACCGAGUGCGCACCAGUUCCAUGGCGCCUCGGAUUACUCUGUUCAUGAACAACACUUUAUUUCCCAAAUAAUCGACCACGAACUAGCUCAAGCAGUUGAGAUGGCGUCAUCCUCAUCUCGCCAGUCCGAACAUCACGACCAGGAAGUCCAUGGUGGUCAACUCCCUGCCUCCGGCCUGGCUUGGAGCGAGGAUUAUGGUCUUCAGCCAGCUGACAACGCUCAAGGUACCGGUCUUGAGGGUUUUCUCCCCGGUGAUGCCAAUCCCAUUGUCCCCCAUCACAGUUUCCCCCUUCCCAUUUCCCUUUAUCAGGACUCCCCCCCUAACUAUUCCCUUUACCCCAACUCCCCCUACCACAGUUCCCCUCAUUACAAUUCUCCCCAUCCCACUGUCACUCAUUCCAACCAUCAGUAUGGCCAGCAGACCACCCCAGCUACCCGCUCGGCGGCCAACGGCGCUCAGCAUGCUCGCAAUCAUCCGGAAAACGGGACCUUUGCGUUGGGUAUAGACUGCAUUGUGACUAAGACUUCCAAAGCUGCAGUCUACAAUAUUGCACAACGCGACAACCUCGAGAGAUUCCUAUCACUAGAUGUAACAUUCCCACUUACGAGACUGUCCAACUUCGCAACGAAUGCGAACAAGGCGUACAAGCAAAAGAUCGCAACGGCGGUCGAAAAGCAUGGCUCGGCCUCGUUCAACAAAACCACCCGGGAGCUGAAGGACAGCCAGGGUGAGGUUAUUGGUAUAUUCCCCAAGCCUGUCAAGCGCAAGCUUGCGGAUCUUGCGGGUCAUGCCAAGGUCAAGCGUGCGAGGCGCCCGCGACAGGCGCGCAUGCAGGCCAACAAUGCCAACGCUAGCAACGCGACUGCCAGUAACACGGACCGCGGUAGCAACGCCAACAACCCUAACUCCCUAUACAAGAACUACAGGGAGGACGGCAACUAUAGCGAUCACGUCGACUAUAGCGAAGACGAAGACGACGACACGGACGUGGACGUCGACAACCACGAUCAUGGUGACCACGAUGACCACGGCUACAACAACCAUCAUGGCAAUCAAGUUGGAGGAUCAGCCGGCGUGGGCUCACCGAACUACGAGGAGUUUAGAGGUACCUCUAGUCAUCAGCAGACCAACAACGCCCUCGCGUCAGGUAUCGAUCGUCAGGGCCACAUCCCCAACAGUCUACCUUUCAAGAUCGGUCAACCCAAUGCACUCUACCCCAGUUUACCCCGUCAAACCUCUCACCUUUCCAACUUAAAUAACCCGCAUCCCAAUACCAUCCAAGCCAAUGCACUCUACUCCGAUUUACCCCAUUACAACUCCCCGCUUCCCAACAGCCAGAAUUACGGCCAGCAGUCCACCCCAGCUGCCGGCACGCAAAACGGCCAGCAUCCUGGCUACGUCUACCCGGGCAAUGACCACUUUGUGCUGGAGGGAGAUGAAUACCAGUACCCGAGCGAUAGCAUCACUUUUCAGUUUGUCAUCUUCUUUCUCGCUCCAAAGAUGUGUUCUGUGACGGUUGCUAGGUACCUUGACGCAAGAUAUGCUAGGUAG